AGCAUGCUGCCCACAUCUUGUUAUACAAAUGCAGCGUCAUUUCAAGACAAUGAAGAUUUGGUCAACUCUUUGCUGAGCUGCCCGGAAUAUCUGCGCAACGGCAAUCCUUUGGCAACUGGUGCCGUCGGCGCGCUUACCAUGGAUGGACUCGCUUGCAAUAACUUUCCCAGCACCUUCUAUUAUCAGGGCAUGGAUAAUUUUUUAGCGUUGCACAACAAUAUCUGGACAUUGCCCAUAUCAUUUCUGCAUAAUGCACAUCGACCUGAAAAACCGCCCUUCUCCUAUAUAGCGCUGAUUGCCAUGGCCAUAAGCAGUGCGCCCAAUCAGAGAUUAACGCUCAGCGGCAUCUACAAAUUCAUAAUGGAUAAAUUCCCCUACUAUCGUGAGAAUAAGCAAGGCUGGCAGAACUCCAUUAGACACAAUCUGUCGCUCAACGACUGCUUUGUCAAGGUGCCGCGUGAUAAGAAUACCAUAGAUGAUAAUGAUAGCGCCGGCAAAGGCAGCUACUGGAUGCUGGACGCCUCCGCCACGGAUAUGUUUGAGCAAGGCAACUACCGACGGCGACGCACACGGCGUAGACACUGCGCCAGCAGCAGUCGCUAUGAGCGAGACGCUAGCAAGGAGGCCAAUGGUAGUAACGACGGCUCAAGUGGAGAGUAUCAAACACGCAGCGACUCAUUGCCCGACUUUGAUAUAUUCUGCAGCGAGAACGGAGCACAACCGCGCCCCAAUUAUUCAGAUCGCAUAACAGAGCUGCAUCGACAGUAUCUAUCAGUAUCCUUUGGCUUCAACAAUUUGUUCAACAAUCAGACGCGCAGCAACGCCGCUCAACGUUUACCCAGCAGCAGUGAAUGCAAAGAACGCUCUGUCGACAGUCCUUGCUCAAGCCAAACCGCCCAAAGUGCUGCUGAUAACGCCUUGCCUGAAUCACAUUCCCCUAGCGCAUUUACACCGCCACACAAUCGCACAACGGAUGCAGUACCAAGUUUACAUGAUGGAUUCAAGGGCCUUCAGCACUUACUGGGCGGCGACACGCCCACGGCAUCCACGUCAAACAAUCGUUCAAAGACCACGCUAUUUACAAUUGAGAACAUAAUUGGCAAACAGUGA